UCGCGCGAAAAGUACGUGCCACGCAGUUCUAUCAACCGUUCACCAGAAGCACCUCCAAAUUCCGCAUAAACAAAGACGAUCCCAGAAAAAAUAAGUCUUCCUUAGAUCUCCAGCCCCGGGUCCCGGACACCCUUUGCACCUCCUGGAAUCAACCCUGAGCCCUCAAAGGAAGAGUGCCAUCGGUAGCCGAGAGGUUCGGUGCCCCUAACCUCUCUCGACCCCCCAAAAACCAAAACAAUACCAGCCCUCCAAGAUGAUAAUCCCCUUUUCAAAAAUUCUGAGUUGCUCCUCGGAACACCCGGACUUCCCGGCCUCGAAUCUUCUGAAGAACCCUCCACCAGGCCCCUGGAAGUGCGAGAAGCCCGGAGUCCUCCUGACCUACGUAAUCUUCAAGUUCUCCGAGGAGAUGUGCAUAACUGGCCUGGACAUCUCCAACUACCGUUCCUGCAUAGUAAUAGUGACAGCCUCCACCGAGUCCGACCCAGACAACUGGAUUCCCAUCGUCAACCACCAGUUUCUCACCCACGACGAGGCAGCCAACAACAAAUUCCGUGACCAGGUUCAGCUCUUCACGAAGAAGGAGCUCAAUUCCGAGACAUUGAAGGUCAAAUUCAGCAGAGCCAAGGUGACAUGCAUGCAGUCAGCGAACACCAAAACCCUCUUCGGCCUGUCCUCCAUCAUCCUGAGGGGUGAGGCCCCCCUCUCGAUGGACCUCAACGUCCUGGGGAGGUUCAAACUGAAGACCGAGGACCCCGAGAAACCCAAGAACGACUUCAAAGCAAAAUUCCUGAGACUCUUCCCCGAGAAACAAAAAGACUACAGGGAGCAGAUCAAGGAGAAGAUCAAGGAGAAUGGGGUUGAUGAGUUCAACAAGCGACAGGAGGAGGGGGGAACGCCCAAGAGGAGGCCCCUGCUGGAGAAGCUGGAGGCUGGCAGGAGUGAGGAGGUCUUCGGGAAGAGAAACGUCAAGGACGAGGAGGAGACGAAAGCGGUGAAACGAACGCCCUUUGGAGACGUUAUUCCAGACAAAGAUAAUUCCAAAAAAGAUGACUCUAGCAGGAAGGGAAAGGAGACGUCCAGACGACGCAGCAGCUUCAUUCAUGAUGAUGAUGGGGAGGGGGAGGGGAAAUCCAGUGUGAAGGGGAAGGAUGAGGAAGAGAGUUCUAGCAGGAAGACGAAAAAUGAGAGGGCUGGCACGUCCAAACGACGAUCUCACUUCAUUGAUUCGGAUUCCGACGAAAAUGACGAGGAGAAAAAUGUUGAAAAUGCGGAGAAGAAGAAUGCCAAUGGGAGGAAAAAGGGAACGAGUGCAGAUGACAGGACGAGCACUGCAUCGUCCUCUGGGAAAUGCUCGGUUUGCGAGGAUGGGGUGCAGGACAGGCCUUGCCAGAAUUGCGGUAAACUUCCGAAACAGAAAACCGUGAAGACUCCCCAGCCGAAGAGGCCGCGAGUCGAGGGGAGACGCAAGAAAGAGUUCUCCAAGUUGAUGGGGGAUGUCACCUUCUCGUUGAGUGGGUACGUCAAUCCUCAGAGGGACGAGAUCAGGAGGAAGGCGCUUAAAAUGGGAGCUCGAUAUGUCGCUGAUCCCAAUGUCACGAGCAAUAAGUGCUCACAUCUGAUAUGCGCCUUUAGGAAUACUCCCAAGUCGCAGCAGCUGAAGGGACACUCGAAGAUCGUGUCUCAUCUGUUUGUUGAGGAGGCUUUUGAUAACAAGAAGAGAUUUCCCUGGAGACGCUACGCAAUGGAGAAAUCCGAGCGAAAGCAGCCGGAAAGUGAAGAGGAAGUCGAGGGGACAGACUCCCCCGUGCCUCCGCCAAGUCCUUAUGAGCAGCAGACUGACCCCGAGUCCGAGGAGGACUACUGAAACCCCAAAUCAACUCUUUACUCAUAACUAAACGAAAAUCGUGAACUGGCUUCACUUGUACAUAUCGACAAUCGAAUUUUUCUACAUGUUCCCCCACCUCUUCCCCGAAGAGAACGUUGUUUAAGAAUGAAUUUGUAAAAAUCA